AUGGCUGACGAAAGAACUUUCAUCAUGAUCAAGCCUGAUGGCGUUUAAAGAGGUUUAGUUGGUAACAUCAUUUCUAGAUUUGAAAGCAGAGGUUACUAAUUAAUUGCAAUGAAAUUCCAACUUGCUACCAAGCAAAUCUUAGAAAAGCAUUAUGAAGAACACAUUAGCAAACCUUUCUUCCCCUCUCUUCUUAAAUUUAUGCUUUCAGGUCCUGUAGUCCCUAUGGUCUGGUAGGGUAAGGAUGUUGUAAAAUAGGGAAGAGCCAUGCUUGGUCAAACUAACCCUUUAACCUCUGCUCCUGGAACAAUUAGAGGUGAUUUUGGCAUCGUUAUGCAAAAGAAUUUAGUUCAUGGAUCAGAUUCAGUUGAAAGUGCUAAGAGAGAAAUUGCUAUCUGGUUCUAAGAUUCUGAAUUGACUCACUGGAAACCUGCUCAAAAUGCUUGGAUUUAUGAAUGA